UUUGGUUGGUUUGGUUUGGGUUUUUCUCUGAAUUGAGAGUUUUCACUGACUCUGUUUCUGGCAGUGGAAAGGAAGAACUGAAGAGAAAACAAGCAAUGAAAAUACUAGUGAUUGGCCUUGGAGGAGUUACAAAUGGAGGAAAAACAACGUUGGCAGAAAAGCUUAAGAAACUGCUUCCAAACUGUGAUACAAUCUCUCAGGAUAACUUCUUUAAGCCAGAGUCUGAAGUAGAAACAGACGAGCGUGGAUUUAAGCUGUAUGAUGUACUUGAUGCCCUCUAUAUGGAUGAAAUGGUGAAAAGUAUUCACAACUGGAUGAAAAGCCAUACAAGCUCAGAUGUUGUGACUGAAAACCCGACGGACACAUGUAACAGUCUAAAGAUGACAGAAGAGGUUUAUAUUUUGAUUGUUGAAGGCUUUCUGCUGUAUAAUUAUGAGCCACUUAAUGAACUCUGGAAUAGAAGGUAUUUUUUGACCCUUCCUUACGAAGAGUGUAAAAGGAGAAGGAGGUGAGAUUAUUUGGUUGUUGUUCAUAGAUGGUGACUGUAUCCCCCUAACCUGAACUGUGCUUUUUUAUGGUACCAGCUUUUCUUUAGCACUUGACAGAUAUAAGCUGCUAAGAUCAUCUGUUAUCUGUUAUUCCUAGGCAACACUCUGUGGGUAUUUAGCAGACAGUAAUAAAAACAUGCAGAGUAGUGGUUUUUAUUUAUAUAUAUACAUACAUACAUAUAUAUGUGUAU